AUGUGCAUUCUUUUUAACUUUUCUUCCCCCACUAGAAUACUUGCUUUGCAAACCAUUUUGAAGAGCCUACAAAUAUGUGAAGCAUCACUUGAGAGCACAAAGAAAGAGAAAGAGAGAGAGAGAGAGACUCGUGUUGCUUCCAUGGCUUAUAGCUUUCCUGAUGUGUAUUGCUGGAUUCAGAACCUUCCACCAAUAUCAGAAUGGGAAACAAGCACCAUGGCCCUAAAUAUAUGUUCUUCUUCAAGUUCAUCCCAACCAUUUCUUAAUCUUACCUUACCCAAAAAUCAUGAAUCACCAAAACUCUCUUUUGUCAUUAUUGCAGAGUUAGAUAUUCCUGUUCCUCUUUGGACCUCAAAACCAUUCAAGCUUAGCUCAAAAACCAUGAAGUUAAUAGAUGAAGAAACCAUUUCCAAUCUCUUUGUUAAUUUCAUUCAGGCUAUCCUCCAAUAUGGCUCCAACAAGAAUAGCCCCUUCAUCAGAAUUCCAAAACUUGAUUCUUUUCCCAACAUUUCAGAUGUUUUCAAUUGUUCUUUCUUCACUCUCUCGUUCCUAGUUUGCAUGUAUGAAGCUCCAGCAGAGAUUCGUUCUAGAUGUAUUACUAUUUUUAAAGACCAUUUGACAGGUUUUCAAUCAAGACAAGCAUCAAGUUCGCUUAUGAAACUUUUGGGGUCCAACUUGGCUGAACAGUGGAUGCGUUCUGUGAACCUUGCUAUUACUAAUUGGAUUGGGGAGAUUGAAGCACUUGACAACACCUUCCGAACACCAUGCCCUCUAUUUUCUGUUGCAUCUUCGACAUUUGGGUUAUGGAAAGUGCAAUUGUAUUGUCCUGUCAUAACCAUGGAUGUUGAGAAUUCAAAAAGCCAUCCAGCAAAUGAGAAACUUCAAUUCUCUCUCAAUUAUCACCAAGUUGAAAGUGUUCUUCAAUUUAAUUACAAAGUCAUACUCAAAGAGAACUGGGUUGAAAUCAUGGUCAACAUUGACAACAUAAGGUGUGAUGUUACCAAAUUGGUGAAUGAUUAUCUUAUGAGGGAACGAGGGGCUGGUACAUCUGAAAAACACUUUCCUUCGGGAAUAUCAUUGCAACUUACACCCACUCUCCAAAACCAAGUGUUGAGUCUAUCAGUUGGCAAAUCCUCAGAGAACCCAGAAAGAGAAAUUGGUGUGGACAAAAGUAUAGAAGCUUCAUUUGAGCCACCUCAUCCCUUGGGACUUAAGGUAUCUGCUGGAGAGUCCACAACCGUGAGCUUGAAGCCCUGGAAAUUUGAGGAGUCUGUUUAUGGCUACACUGCAAAUUUGAAUUGGUUUCUUCAUGAUAGCACGGAUGGAAAAGAAGUUUUCUCAACAAAGCCUUCAAAGUGUGCAUUGCUUAACCCAAAGUCAUGGUUCAAGAACCGGUACUCGAGUGCUCACCGACCUUUCACUAGGGAAGGAGGGGUUAUUUUUGCAGGUGAUGAAUAUGGAGAAAGAGUGUGGUGGAAAGUGGACAAAAGUGCUAUAGGGAAAACAAUGGAGUGGGAGAUAAGGGGUUGGAUAUUGUUAACAUAUUGGCCUAACAAACACAUGUCAUUGUACUCUGAAACUAGGAGGAUGGAGUUUAGAGAAAUAGUCCAUCUUAAUGUUGCUUAG